AUGGGCUCUGUCUCGAAUCACACCUAUUUCGGAAAUGACCCGGACUCCUCUGAAGAUCAGUCUUUUUCUUUGUUUGACGUCCAUAUUUUGGUGCCUGUGACUAUAAUUUCCAUUGUCCUGUUUUUCUUGGGAGUCUCUGGGAAUUUGAUAACGAUAGUAAUUUUCAGAUGCUCGCAGGAGAUGAGGACGACAGUGAGCAUGUACCUGUCCAGCAUGGCGCUGUCAGACAUGCUGAUUUUCCUUGGCCUGCCUUCGGACCUCUACCGCCUUUGGAAGUACAAGCCCUACAUAUUUGGGGAUUUUCUCUGCAAGUUCUUCAUUUACCUGAGCGAAACGUGCACGUACUGCACCAUCCUGCACAUUACCACGGUGAGCGUGGAAAGGUACUUCGCCAUCUGCUUUCCCCUGAAAGCCAAAGCGACCAUCACGAAGUGCCGGGUGAAAUGGGUCAUCCUGGUGCUGUGGGGCUUCUCCCUCCUGACCGCCGGCCCCAUCCUCUUCCUCUUCGGGGUGGAACACCGUAACGGCAGCCUGCCCCAGGAGAGCUGGGAGUGCAGGUCCAUCGAGCACAUGGCCCGCACGGGGCUGCUCGAGACAAUGACCUGGGUCUCCACCAUUUAUUUCUUCCUACCAAUGCUCUGCUUGACUCUGCUGUAUGGACUCAUCUGCAGGAAGCUCUGGCAGAGCAGGCAGCGGCUGCCGGGCUGCCAGGCUGCGGCCAGGAAAAGGUCCCACACGCAGACUGUCAAAAUGCUGGCCGUCGUAGUCUUGGCCUUUGUGCUGUGUUGGCUCCCAUUCCACAUCGGCCGAAUCCUCUUUGCCCAGAGUGAAAUCAUCCUGUAUGACCUCACGCAGUACUUCAACCUCAUCGCCAUGCUUCUCUUCUACCUUGGGGCUUCUAUAAACCCCAUACUUUACAACGUCAUGUCACACAAAUACAGGAAAGCGAUGAGCAAAAUCCUGCACCACAAGCGAACAGGGCACUGCAGAAGCCUGACCAGGAGUGAAAAGGGUUUUUUUGAAGGCUUUUAUCUCAUUCUUUGUACAACCUAUACCCAGCUCUCCGCAAAGUCAGACCCGGUCUCUGAGAAGCCGUUCCUUGCCUUUGGAGCUCACCUGAAUGGACCAGGACGAACGACACGUGUGGGCAACAGCGGGGAGGGAAGCGGGAGCGGACAGCCUUUGCCCAUCUCCCUCGUUUGUAAAACCAGUGAACAUGCAGUGCAGACGGCCAGUUCAGGGGCUGCUCCACCACCCCACGUGUUAAAGGGUUCCAGAAGUGGCACUGCUUGGGCCCCGGCCUGA